AUGAGGAAAAGAGAGAGAGAGAAUCCGUGUGGGGUUUGUGGGCAUUACCACAAGUACGAGGAAGGUGAGGUCUGCGGCAUCUGCGGCCACCGCAUGCCAGCCGUAUCCGAUAAUUCUGACGCUUCUUCGAACCACGUUAGCGCCUUCCCCUCCGAGAUCCUGCCGGAGUUCCUCUACUUGGGCAGCUACGAUAACGCUUCCCGCGCCGAGCUUCUCAAGACACAGGGUAUCUCGCGUGUCCUCAAUACGGUUCCUGCUUGUCAAAAUCUGUACAAGAACUCAUUUAUCUACCACUGCCUUCAAGAUGACCAAAAAUUGCCAUUUGAUGAUGCGAUCAAGUUUCUCGAACAAUGUGAAAAAGACAGGGCACGGGUUCUUGUUCAUUGCAUGUCAGGGAAAAACAGGUCGCCAGCAAUGGUUAUGGCUUACUUGAUGAAAAGCAAAGGUUGGAAACUUGCACAAAGUUACCAGUGGGUGAAAGAGCGGAGACCAUCAGUUGAACUAACUCAAGCGGUCUUCCAGGAAUUAAAGGGCUAUGAACAAAAGAUUUUCGGUUCAACAGAGAACAGCGUUUCCAUGCCAAGCUUCUCACCUUCAAGCCUGCCAUCCUUCAGCUUCGGCUUCCCAAUGCCCAAUGAUCCACCAGUUCCUGUUCCUGUAUUCAAAAACAGCGGUUCCACUUCAAUUUUUUCCCACCAACCACAUGACAUUCCUCAGGAAUUCAGCUUUGGAGCAGGGGGCACACGGGAAAAGACUUCUGGUGACAUUACUACUUUCGACCCGAACACAAAUAUUUCUAACGAUAACGAUAUUCCCAUGGGUGGUUCUUGA